GCAAUAAACAUGACCCUACCCGGGCGAAACUUUUUGACAGGAGUUGCUCGAACCUUUCACUCUUCAAGGCUUGUUUGUAAAAAUACUCGAGUUGGUGUCGUUCGGCGCACACGAAAUCAGUCUAUUCCGCUCACAUAUGAACAGGCCAAAAAGCCACAUCAGAUUGGUUUGAUGAAAUCUUGGAAUUCCUGGAAUACUUCUAACUUAGAGAAUGAGUCCCUCUACACACCAGACAUCACUGUCCAGGAUGAGCUCAUCCGCGCGUUUAUUCGUGGGACUUUCCCAGUGGCCGUUGAAAGCGAGGUUAUAAUUAAGCGGCAGUGGAACGUCGUUCGUAUCGCCUUCCUUUUAUCCAGUCGCGUUCAGCCCAUUGAAGCUCAUUUUCUGAUUGGCUACUCUGAGGAAAUGCUGUCGCAUCUGCUCAGAUGCAUGGUCAAACUGGAAGUUCAAGUGAUCGCAUCCAAGAAGGAUGUUGUAUUUCGGUACAUUUGAAAACACAGAAAUGAUUGUUCGCCU